AUGGAGAAUCCUUUUUUUUGUGUUUUUUUUCGAAGAAAAUCAACAAAAAUAGACAAACAAAAAGUACCAUAUAAAUCACCACCAAAUAUGCUUCCAUUGCCACUAGCUUUGAGGUAUCUUCGUGCAGCAGAAGUAGGGUGGCCAGAGAAAUCAUCAACAAUUGAACUACAUCUUCGUGUAAAGCGGGAGAAACGGUCUAUACCACUGAAAGGAAGUGUGAAACUUCCAUUGCCAGCCAAGCCGCAUCUCAGAAUAUGUGCAAUUGCAGAAGGUGAUGCUGCAGAUGUAGCAAGAAAAUCUGGAGCAACAAUGGUUGGAUCUAAUGAUAUUAUUGAAAAGAUUUUACAAGGUCAAGUAAAAUUUGAUAUAUGUAUUGCACAUAUAGACUCUUUUCCUUUACUAGAAAAGAUAGCAAAAGUACCAGGUGCAAAGCGUUGGAUGCCUAGUGCUAAAAAGGGCACUGUGUGUUCUGAAAUAGGUGAUGUUAUUAAUAUGACGGCGAAUGGAGUACAAUAUAAAGAAAAAAAUGGACUAAUUCAAGUACCAUUAGGAAGUGCACGUUACUCGGAUUUAGAAAUACAAUCUAAUUUACGGUUAUUUCUUGAACACAUUGGGUUUUUCAACAAAAAAAAAAUAAAAAUAGACAGAAAUGUUGCCAAAAUAGUUAUAUCUUCAACUCAUGGUAUGGGUAUUGUACUAGAUCCUCUUUCGAUUUAA